AUGGCUCCACCCGUCGCCCUCAUCACAGGCGCCAGCAGCGGCAUUGGUCUAGCCUUGACAAAACACCUCCUAGCCCGGGACUGGAACGUCGUAACAGCAGACCUCCACGCGCCACCAGAAACCCUCGGCGAGGACACCCUCUUCAUCCAGACCGACAUUUCCUCCUGGUCUUCCAACGUCAAUCUCUUUCACCGCGCAUACAACUGGCACUCCCGCCUCGACUUCGUCGCCCUCAAUGCCGGAAUCGACGACCGCGAUGAUAUCUUCAACUCCAUAUCUUCCACACAAUCACCAAAGCAACCCAACAUGGCCACCUUCCGAACAAACCUCCUUGGAACAUACUACGGCAUCAAACUCGCAGCGCAUUACCUCUCCCUUUUCUCUCCGCUCUCCUCUGGGAAAUCGAAACCAGGUGGAAGAAUCGUCAUCACAGCAUCUGCAGCAGGAAUCUACCCUCUGCCCAACGUUCCCCAAUACACAGCAACGAAACAUGCCCUCAUCGGUCUCGCUCGCGCAAUGGCUCCUGCCGCGAGAGAAGUCAACAUCACCAUCAACGCCGUCUGUCCCGCCUUGGUGAAGACCAACCUCGCGCCGCCCGGGAUGCUGGAGUCCUUUGCCGAGGAAGAGUUUACACCAAUGAGUACGAUCAUCAGGUGUUUCUCGGAAUUGGCAGAUCUGGAGAAGGUUAACGACGAACGAUGGGUGGAGGGCGGUAAGAAUGGAGAAGUUGUGGAAGGGAACAUGGAGGAUAUGAUGUAUCAUUAUGCGCCCGCGAGGCCCGAGAGCAGCUCCUAUGUUGAUGAGGAAGGGCAAAAGGCUUGGGCGCGGGCGUAUUUAGAGAGGAAUAAGGCCUUUGCGGCGAAGCUGUGA